AUGGCAUUCAGCACGACAAGUACUCUUGUCCGACCUCCAACAGACGUGCCAGAGAUGGCACCAACUGCCAAAAUCUCCACGGCAGAUCAUCCUGUGGAGGGAUAUCUGGACAGCAUAGUCAUCGAGCCCCGACGACCAGACGACCUCGACACGGUCCUGACCAUCAACGACCUUAGAGAACUUGCACAGAGGAAGGUGCCGAAGAUUCUUCGUGAUAAUGAAGCGGCAUACAACCGCUACAAGAUUCGGCCACGAGUCUUAGUCGAUGUGUCGGAACUGGAUUCCAGCAUUGAAAUGUUUGGGAAGAAGCUGCCAAUACCCCUCGGUUUUGCUCCUGCUGCCGCACACAAGCUCGCACACCCCGACGGUGAACUCGCAACGUCACGAGCGGCAGCCAAAGCCGGAAUCCCUAUGGGUCUAUCAUCUUACUCGACAACUUCGAUUGAGGAUGUCGCGCGCGAAGGGGGUGGGAAUCCCUAUCUCAUGCAUCUCACCAUCAUGAAAGAUCGGAGUCGGACAGUGCAAACGCUCCGCAGGAUUGAAAAGGCUGGCUUUAGGGGCAUCUUUCUCACCGUCGACACGGCCGUCCUGGGGCGACGUUUGAACGAAUACCGCAACAACUUCCAGAUGCCGCCUGGUGUGAGCUUCCCAAAUAUGAAAUUCGAAGCAAGCGACGCGGAAAAAGAAGGAACCGUGAACAAGGGUGCCAGAGGGUUCAAGUCGGUUGUGAAGACGGAGAAAGACACCAAACAGGACUGGGAAACGGUCAUUCCAUGGUUGAAAUCACAGACCAAACUUCAGAUCUGGGCCAAGGGCAUCUACACCCCAGAAGAUGUCCGGAUGGCCAUCAAGUACGGCCUGGACGGAGUGGUCAUCUCCAACCAUGGCGGCCGUCAGCUAGAUGGGGUCCCCGCCAGUCUGGAUGCGUUAAGAGAUUGCGCGCCCGCAGCCCUUGACCCUAACGGCAAGAGAUUGAUCCAGAUCGCUCUCGAUGGGGGUAUCAGGAAAGGCACCGACAUCUUCAAGGCUAUCGCGCUGGGUGCUCAAAUGGUCUUCAUUGGCCGGAUUCCAAUCUGGGGUCUCUCGGCUGGCGGCGAAGAAGGCGUCACAAAAGCUGUGGAGAUCCUCGCACAAGAAUUCCGCCAGACCAUGGCACUAGCUGGAUGCCGCACGGUUACGGACAUAACGCCGAAUCGACUGGCUAUUCUGAGUAAAGGACGCCUUCUCAAGCUGUGA